GUAUAUUUCAACCUGGUGGGUGUAGCAAAUCAAUUUAGAUGGAGCUAAAUUCUAUGGAUUAUUAAUUGCGUUGAGCAUAUACAAUGCAGAAUAACUCCACUAAAAUGAUUAUAUCAAAACUUACUGAAUAAAGAUGAAUAUGAAUUGAUUUUGAAUAGUCCAAUCAGCAGGGGGGACACUAUCUCCUGCAUAUAGAUAUUGAUCAGAUAAGGUUAAUCAUUAACCUGACAGCAGCCAGCGUACAUAUAAAACCCAAGAUCUUCACCUAUUGGCUCUCUGUCCGGUCACAGAGGAGGAAGAAGGCUCCCAGAUGUUCCCCUGAUACCAUCGGCAACAGCUGGAGAAGCAUCAAAACAACAACAUGAGACCAGCACUGAUUGCCGUAUUGUUUGUCCUGUCUGUUGCCUGUGUCCCAGCCCUCUGUAGCAGAGAGGAGCCUCCUGUCCUCCAGCCCGGGGCCCCGGCCGAAACCCGGUCCCGCUUUGCCGCCCUGGACGACGUGCGUCUCCUGGCGAACGGCCUCCUCCAGCUGGGCCAGAGCCUGCGGGAGUUUGUGCAGAGGACCAAGGGACAGAUAAAUGACAUUCUCCAGAAGCUGAACAUCUUCGACCGCUCGUUCUACCAGCUGACUGUGCUCGCCAGCGAGAUCAAGGAGGAAGAGGAGGAGCUGAAGAAGACCACCGUGGUGCUGAAGGCCAACAACGAAGAGAUCAAAGGCCUGUCCGUGGAGAUCAACUCCAAGGUGGACGACAUCCUGCAGGAGAAGAUUCGACUGCAGAACAAAGUGGAGGGCCUGGAGAAGAAGCUGAGCGGUCUGUUGCAGGGCCUGCCGACCAGCGAGCAGGUGGCAGAGAUCAACGGCCUCCGGACUCUGAUCCACAGCCAGGAGCAGAGCAUCACCGAGCUGCUGCAGGCUGUGAGGGAUCAGAGCGACCAGAUCAACCACCAGAGGAUGAAGAUCAAGAAUCUGGAGGAGAAGUUUACAGUCAACACAUUAGCCCAGGAGACCGUCGAGAGGUCGCCUGACAUCAUCAACGUUGAAGCACCGACACUCAUCCCUUUUCUGCCCCCGAGCUCCAACAGCAAUGCCGAAAUGAAUCUGUCACCGGACUGCACUGAGCUGUUCAACAGAGGGGAGAGAGUCAGCGGCGUCUACACCAUCAGACCCAACGGAUCAGAGCCCUUCAUGGCCUUUUGUGACAUGAACACAGAUCAUGGAGUAACAGUCAUCCAGCGAAGGAGGGAUGGUUAUGUGAAUUUUGAUCAAACCUGGGAGAAGUAUGAAAAUGGGUUUGGACAUUUUCAAGGAGAGUUCUGGCUGGGUCUCAGGAAGAUCCACUCUCUAGUCGCUCGGGGCUACUCCGUCCUUCACAUCCAGUUGGAGGAUUGGAAACAGAGCAAACACUUCAUCAAAUACAGAUUUUACCUUGACGGUCCCGAGAGCAACUACACCAUUCAUCUCACGCAUCUGUCUGGAGAUUUGCCCGACCCCAUGGGCAACCACACGGGCAUGAUGUUCUCCACUAAGGACAGGGACAACGACAACCACCGGGACGUCAACUGUGCCCACAACUACACAGGUGGAUGGUGGUUCAACGCCUGCGGAGACACCAAUCUGAACGGGAGAUAUUUCCACAUGAGGCCAAAGGGGCGUUCAGAGCGUAGGAGAGGGAUUCAGUGGAAGUCCGCAGGGAAGGCUUCUUACUCCUUCAAGCUCUCGCAGAUCUCGGUCCACGCAGGGGCCCCACCCUCCUCCACUUCAGCUGCCCCCGACACAGGCGUCUUUCUCCGAUCCAGCACCAAUAUUCUCUAGUGAAAAAGAAAAAAACCCAGCAUCAGACAGUGGCCUCUGCAGGAGGAGCCUUGACAAUGCCUCUCGUGGGCAGCCAUCGCUUUUGAAGGCUUGGGCGGAGAGGACGCUGUUUCCUCCAAGUGUCAAGUUCCUAAUAGAUUCAAGUCAGUCACAUAUGACACUAAUGUUUAACCCUGCUGAGUGCUCCCAAACAGAAAGCCAACACAAUGAGUUGAUCCCUAAUGCCGUGACACUGUGCAUGUAGUUUCUAAUGCCAUAGAACAGCAACAUGUAUUGUGAAAUCUAAAAUACAACGAAAACACUGUUAGCUUGUUGUUUUAAACCUCAUGCCCGUAACCAUGGCAUUAAGUGUAUCUUCACUCACAGUGUCUCAGACGUCGAAGGGCAGAGAGAAGGAACUGAAACGUUUUUUUUAAUUGGGUCACAUUGACUCACAGUGCACUGCAGCAGUUCCAACCACGGGAGGAGGGAGAGGUCACAUGUGAGAGGUCGGGAGGGAUUUAACAGGACAUUUGUCAACAAUUGUUUCUUAUUGUACACAUUAUAAUGUCUCCUAGGAAAUUAUUUCAAGGUAUCAUUCUAACAUUUCACCGGUGAAAUUGGUAACAGUUCAGCAUCCGCAUGUGACAUGGGGCCCCAGAUAGCCACUGCUUCAUUCAGAGGGGUUUUCUUCAUUCAUUCUUAGGAACCACUGCUAUAGAUGCCACUUUGCAUACUCUAUUUAUGACACGUGCUAUAUUUUAUUUAACUUAAGUCAAUGAAACCCUGAUGUUGACCUCAUAUAAUGCUCAGAUUCAUUUGGGUGUGGAUAUUACUAACUGAAAAUAUAUUUACAUUUCCCCCAUUGUCGUGCAAAAUAAUAACACACUGCACUAACCACUAGCUGGAAAUUCAGACUGGAAUGAUUCUACAGUGAGGAAAGCUCUGAUUUCUAAAAACCUGCAGGAGAAGAGGCCCCACCAUCGCCUGUGUGUCUUUCAGUGUGUGUGUGUGUGUUUGUGUGUACAUGUGAAGCAUGUUCUGUUUUGUAAGCGUGCAAUGAUUAUACAUGCAUAUACAUUUUUGAUGCCUUUUUUUAUUUUGGUUAGUGAUAAGAUCAUCACUGACCAAGACUUAACAUAAUGUCUGGUUUAUCAUUAUGGGCUGUCAAUUGUUUGCAGUCCUUCUAUGUCAACAUAGAUUUGGCUCAUAGUAAUGUCACCUGUUGCCAGAAUGUCUAGUAAAUGAAUGCCUAAUGCAUACUCAUGCUUUUACUGCAUACAAAAACGUUCUGUAUGUUGCACUGGGAGACUGAGGUAUCCAACUCUUUUGCGCUGAAGAUUCCCUGAAUAAACACUAGAAGGCAGCAUUGUUCUUUCUCACGCAGAAACCGUCCACUGAUUUGUCCGGGCCUGCCAAUAGUAUGAUUAGUUUCAGCAGAAUUGUGUUUGACUAUUUCUUAAAACCACACAACGAUA